AUGGCACGGAUGAGAAUAGCCCUACUAUGUCUGAACACUGUGUUGCUGAAUCGUUGCGAGGAGGCGGCCUCGCUGACUAUAAGUUCACAACUCCAGACGGCUAGUACGUCGUCGUCGUCGUCAGGCCUGGGAACUGGGAUGAUGUCUGCUGUAAACUGCAUUCCUGGGUCUGACAACGACGGCGACGUCAUGGACGUCCCUUACGACCACACCCAGUUCCUCGUCAACAUACACAACAACUUCACCUACCUGCAGAUCUCCCUAAAAAUUGCAUCCUGUAGCCGCUACGACAUCUACAGAGGCAAUUAUUUCGUGACGCCCGAAGUCCUUCACCUUAACUCUUCCAAAAUGCAGACGGUGAUGAGGGUUGCAUACACCAGGCAGGAAGACGGAGCACAUGCCUACAAACUCUCCCUGGAAAGCAUUAACUACUUCGACCAAAUCAAUACCUCGGUCACGUGUGGAGAGCUGCGCGGCUUUCGCUUCAAGGCGAAGGGCGCCUCGAUAUGUGACCUCCAGUUGAAGGAGAACAAGCUCGGGGUGCGCGUGGGGACGCUGAAGACACAGCCCAGGGAUUCCUCCAAGAACCUUUACGCCCUUCACCGCUGGACCCAGGGCGCCUACGUGAUGGCCAUCUGCUUCACUCUCACCUCUUACCUCCUCUUCCUGCUGGCUAUGAGGAUUCUGAGGAGCCACACUCAGUAUGAGUUUGUCAUCAGUGAAAGGCACUCUCCAGCUACGGAAGUAACCUUAGAGUAGCACAAGGGUGGGAGCGAUGCCUUCCGUGGGAGACACAGCAGAAGGUGGUUCUGGAGACCUGCUGAGAAGAAGGACAGGCCUCUGCGACUUCUCUACUGUGCUGGACAUGAAGCCAGACGGACCACCUGGGCGGCUUUACCCUGAGGGGCAGGAAGAGCUACAAGAGCUAGCCGGGCUUCCUGCCCGGCUAGCUCUUGUGGAAUCUCCAUCCUGCCCGAGAGGAGGUCAGACCAGCCCCUAGGGCAUUUCUACCCUUCUGGUGUGAAAACCAAAAAAUCCGGUGGAAUCACGUCUCUGCUGGUGUGAAAGCCAGGUCCCUGGGGCGCCCCAGGACCCUAGGGCGCCUUCAUCCUGCUGCACAUCAAAGGGUCUAGGAGCUCUAAGACUGACCCUCUUCAGUAAGGUCUCCAUUCCCCUUCAAACACAAAAGUAAAGGCUUACGACGCCACCCAACAGUUUUCCGUCCCCCUUCAUUAAUAAUAAAUACAGAGGGUGAGAAUGUUUUGUGGACUCCCCCCAACCCAUCCUCCUAAAAUUCUAUGACGUUUUGUAACUAUGUCAAUGUGUAAGAAUAGAGCCCUAGUAAUUAACAUUUUGUGUACUAUGUUUAUAGUGCACCAGGCUCUCUAAGGUUCGAAUCCUUCACGGGGAAGAGUUCUUUGGUUACAGACAACUUGUGCGUUUAUGCAAGUGUGUCGUAUAUUUGAGGCUCGUGUUUUCUUCAAUAGUGACUGAUUUGAUUAACACUAUCGGUAAUCUCUUCCCAUUGCGAGUGCUGUCAGGUCGUUGGAAAAAUAGCACCAGGCUACCAACGAUUUUUGUACAGUCUUUGAUGGUCAAAUGGUUACUGUACUGGAUACGCAAGAGUGUUUGAUGCACCAGGCUCGAAUAAGGUUCGAAUCCUUCAGGGAGAAGAGUGAAGGAUUACUAUUACCACCACCAGGCCACAACGACUUCCAAUUCUUUUAACAGUCGUUGUGGCCUGGUGAAAGUAGUGCACACGCCAAGAGGGCAUAGAGCCUCUGGCUGUCUGGGUUCGAAUCCUUCAGGGGUGAGGAGUUUUAUGUUGUGUAUAUAUAUAUAUAUA